AUGAUAGAUGUUAACAGCUGGAGCUCCCAACCGCCUUUCACCAGCAGAAGUGAAGGGCAGAGCCUCGCGAAAAGGAGACGGGGGAUUCAGGAGGUGUGCGUGAUUGACAGAGCCACAGGUCAAUCGGCGCGUGGCAGUUCCCCUCGGCGUUCCCACCCCUCUCCAACCAUGGGUGGGGGUGGAACAAUGGGAGGAAGAGGAGAUGGAAGCAGGAAAAUGGCAGCGGCGCUGGCAGCGGCGUCUUUAGCGGCGUCUUCAGGGAGCGGCGGUUCGCGGCAGGGCGCUUCGUCUACCGCCUGCUUCCCCGCGCUGUUGCUGCUUGCGGCACUUUCGAACCUGCUCCAGGUUUCAGCUGUAGAGGUAUACACACCAUCAGAGCUCGCUGUGGAGAAUGGGACUGAGGCAAAGCUUCCAUGCACUUUUACAUCCACAGAAGUGAUCAGCAGUUCAGCUUCUGUAACCUGGAGCUUCCAAGGCGAGGGAUCAUCAUCUUCUGUCUCGUUCUUCUAUUAUUCCAAUGGAAAGGCAUAUCCUGGGAAGAGCACACAAUUUAAUGACAGAAGCAGCUGGGCUGGAGACCUUAACAAGAAAGAUGCAUCAAUCAAUAUAGCAAACAUGCGAUUUCAGGACAAUGGCACUUAUACCUGUGAUGUUAAAAACCCUCCAGAUAUAGUUGUUACACCAGGAAAAAUCAAAGUCAGGGUUGUGGAGAAAGGUAACUUGUCUGUAUUUCCUCUUCCCCUUGUGUUAGGGGUAACCAGUGUUGGCAUUCUAGUUUUAGUUUUGCUCAUCAUGCUUAUUGUGUGUGUUGUGAACAGAAAGAAGAAUUCCAAAAAGCAUUAUUCUGGCUGCAGUACCUCUGAGAGCUUGGUGUCUCCAGUUAAGCAGGCUCCACGGAAGUCCCCCUCCGACACAGAGGGUUUGGUAAACAGCGUGCCCAUCCGAUCGCAUCAGGGACCAGUAAUUUAUGCACAGUUAGAUCACUCUGGAGGGCAUUACAGUGACAAAAUCAACAAAUCAGAGUCUGUGGUCUAUGCUGAUAUUCGGAAGAACUGAGGAGAUUUCAGCCUAUCCAAAGCUUAACAAAAAUUCAAACUGGAAUCGCUUGAAGGAAAUUGACCCAGAGAACUCACAUGUGGCCUUUGAUGCCUAGACUAAGACCAAUGCAUGUGCAUACAGAGAGAAAGAGAUUAUAUAUGUACUGUGUGUAAAUAGUCUAUUUAAUCAUACAGAAAUGAGAGCAAUGUUGCAUGUUAAAAUGUGAUAAUAAUUCUGCUUAUAAAUGGUCAAUAGUUCAUUAUAUAUUUAGGAUAAGGGGGAAAAGCAAACAUUCAUGUUACAUCUUUAGGUAAUUUGUCUUAAUUGUUAUAUGAAAAAAAACUGGAAAUUCUUGGAUAUUCUAAUGGAAUUGGUACUUUUUUAAUAGCCUCUGUUACUUUUGAAAUGGACAUGAGAACUGUUUCUGCAUGAUUCCUUUUCCUUAAUUGAUGUUUUUGCAUCUUUUUACCAGAUCUAAUUUUUCAUACAACUUCUCUUAUCUUCUUUCACUCUGGUGUCCUCCUUUUCCAUUAGUAAUCUUCACCUGCUUUAGUUUCCAACCUACUGGAAACCAAAGUUCUAUCUUCAAGGAAUUUACAGGCAGUCUCCCACAAACGAACUUUUAGACAUACAAAAGUUUUAAUAGAGUAAUUUGUAAUAGGGCAGCAUUAACAAAAAUCUUGAUAUGUUUUUAUGGCUCUUUUUUUGUUUCAGCAACAAAGAUGAAACUUGGUUACCUCUGAGCAAAAUAGGGUGCUGAUCUUGAUGUGCCUUUCUAUAAAUUUCUUCACCGUGGUCUGCUUCUAAGAGUUACGAGAGGCUGUUGAUGUUGCAGUUGCAAAAAGAAAUGGCUACAACUUAAAAUAAUCUUAGUUAGAUGGCAUUUCAUGGAAGGCAUAAAAUAUGAUAGGACAGUUUUACUGCCACUAGUUCUUAAAUCUCAUACAGGUUUACUUUGAAAUUGAAAUGGCUGUAUGCUUCUUUACUGUGGAAAGAACUCUAUACCAUUGCCUUUCAUCUUUAUGAUGUCAUCCAUAGCAACUCUGAAUCUGCUUUUUCUCCCUCUCCCCCUCCCUCUACCUCAGUGUUUCAGAUAGACUGGUGCUAUUAUUGCUUUUUUUCUGAAGUACCUUACAUGUCUACAGUAUCUGCUCAUAUGUUUGCUCAGAGCUUUCUACAUCUAAAAUAUGUUUAAGGUUUCUAAAAAAAUGGAGUGGCUUUUUCAUUGAUACAAGGGCUGGCAAAUGCUAAAUUGAUACUCUGUGCAGCACACAAGGAGUGUUUUCUGUGCAGUGCAGUUGGGUCUCCAUAUUUGGGGAGGUUAUGUGUGAACACUUCCUGCAAAACAUGAAAUUCUCUGAAAGUUUGUACUCUUGCCCAAUAGCCCCAAAACACUUACACAACCAUUUACAAUUAACCCAAGUACAUUUAAAUGUGUUUUAAAUGUUUGAAUUGUGCUUUACAAUGAGUAACAUUUUAGAACCAUGCUUCUGGAAAUACUGUAUCAAAAUUAUAUUACAUACUGUACUGUACUUAAGAACAAGGCAUUCACCAGCAUACUCACCGCAGAAUUCAGUACCCCUCAGUAGUAGGGGUCUCAGAGAAGGGAGAAGAGGCAGGGUAGGCUGAUGUUGAGAUUUCUGAUUCAGGGGGAUGAGGAAUUUUAGGUGUUAAUGUAGAAGUUGUCUUUUCAGAACAUUGUGAUGGGAAGCUUUGCUUCUUUUGCUUAAACUCAUUGAACAUGGCUGUGUAUGGUGUUAAAAUAUUCCUUGAACUUCAUUGCACAAACCAUGUUGUCAUCAUAUUCAUAGAAGUCCACAAGGCAUUUGGCAUCAGUCAUUGUGCCAGGUUUUCCAAGUUGAGCUUCUCUUGGCAUGGCUCUUUCUCAACCUCAUCAUCAUGGGUUUUUAAAAAAUUUUUUUUAUCCUGCCUUUAUUAGUUUUAUAAAUAACUAGACUUGUCCUUGAAGUUCCCCAGUGCAUUAUUUUUUGAAAUAGUUACCAUGUGUCUUGUAACUAGUUCUGCAUAUACAACAAAGUCUUUCCUUUCUCUACAUAGUAUGUUCUGGUAGAAGCAGAACUAUUCAGUCGUCAAAAUAAUGAGCCUGAAGCCCAAGUCUUGUUAAUAGAUUACAUAGUUAUGUAUCUGUCUGAAAUACUUUAAAAUUAUGUUUCUAUUUAUGAUAACUGGGAGUUGCACUUUCUCUUACUAAAUUUUGAUUCCAAACUGAAAUAUAGAAAUCUCUCAACUCAUGUAUGAGCAGUUUUUCUGUGGUGGUGUACUUUUCUAUACAGUAAAAGACAAAUGCCCUUUCCUAUGGUGCUGUAUAUUUCUAUAAGACAGAUGGUUUCCAGUUGUUAAAGUUAACUUCCCAAACCUUAGACUUUUUAAGAUUUCACUAUGUAAAUCCAUGCCAUGCAGCACUGAGCCCUUUUUUUACCUUGUUUCUGCACUUUUAAAAAACUGGAAUAAUUUUUUAUUGUACAAGUCUUCUUUCCUUCUCCAUAUUCUCAUAAGCAGCUUUAUAUUGUACUAUUGUGAAUAUUUUAAUACACUUUUUCCAUUAGU